CCCCCCGGGGGCCUCUAAUUUGGCUAGCGUAAAAAGUUUUUCAAGGGGGGCUUCUAAUAUGUCCCAUGAUUUUUUGAAAAUUUUAGGUACCUAAGUUUUCAGGGGUUUUCGACAGAUUUGUAUGUGAUCAUAAGCUUUUUGGGGGUUAUUACUACUUCUUAACCUCAAAAUCUACUGUUUCCUCAAAUUUUACGGUGAUAAAGAAAUAAAAAUCCUGAAAGAGUUUGUAAAAAGUUUUGAAAAAAAUAGGAGGGCUACUAUUAAGCAAAUGCCUUGUUCAGCUCCGAGGGGGCUUCUAAUAUGAGGGGGGCUUUUAAUAGGGGAGGGGCUUCCAUUACAGGGAGGGGUUUAUAGGAAGCUGACAGUUUCAUCGCUCUUUGCUCAUUUUAGUCACUUAGCUAAAAUAAAACACCAUACUACCUAUAAUAUUCAAACAACGUUUCUUUCGAUAUCAAUCUCCCUUAUAUUUCAUGACUAUAGUCUAUUUCAUUCUUCUCCAUUCGAGCGAUCGACAACCUUUACUUGA